AUGGCUCUUCAACGCCCUACGACAAUAAACCCAGACUCUUCAUACGCCGACAUCACCUUAUUUGACAAUGGACGGUUCAAGAAUGUAGACCGAGACACUGUCGAAACAAUUCGUACAUUGUUCAAAAAACACAACACAUCAAACACUGGCCUCAUGGACCAAUUCGAAGUAUCGCGAAUGUUUGAAGCUUUAGGUGAAGCCAAGACUGCCACGGAAGUCAGACAGGCUAUUGCUGAAGUUGAUGCUGAUAAGGAUGGAAAGAUAUCGUUUUCGGAUUUCUUGGCUAUGAUUUCAGGACCAGCUCCUGCACCUGAUAAUGUACCUGUACCAGUCAACGAGGCACCUACUGCAGCUACUGGACGUGCUGCAACGACUGGGUUGAGUGGUCGUGCAUUGUUUUUUGAGCAGCAGAUGCAUGCGUCUGCAAAGAACCCAAUUGCUGAAAACAAGGCACAAAUCGACGCCCAACUUGCAGAAAAGAAACGUAUUGCAAGUGUCCAUGCAGCUGAAGAGGAACGUAUCCGUGCUGAAAAGGCAGAGGACGAACGCAAGAAGAAUGAUUCACGAUCCAAACUUGCUGCUCGUGCUGUAAUUUUCUCUGUCUGA